AUGAAAGACACUACACCUCCACUUCAUAAACUACCCAAAGAGCUACUCCUUCAAGUGCUUCCUUUCGAAGAUUGUAUAUUGACGCAACCUUUGGAUAUAUCCAUACCGUGGUUAAAUUUUAUUGAUCCAAGGAGGUGCUUCAGAUUAUUGGGAAGAAGUGGUAUUGGAAAUGCACGAUGUGGCUCUAAACAUGAUUUGGAAUUGAAAUAUGGCAAGUUGAUAUACAUCAAUUUUGGUAACCAUAUUGAUCCGAAAUACUUGAGAAAGUACAUCAUUUUUAACGCACUGGCUAUUGAAAGGGUUAUAUUUGACUUUCCAGACUUGGUUAGGUGCUUGAAAGUUUGGACUGGUGACGUUGAUCAUCACGAGUACUUGUGGUUUCCCAGCGUUAAUAUCCAGAGCUGCAGCUCCAAACAUUUACGCGAUGUCAUAUUCACCGAUUGCACAGGCUUGGCUUCAGAGCCUACAUUCAGAAUUAACAGCUUGCUACAUCAAUCGAACAAAGUUGAGGAGCUUCUAUAUGACCUCAAGUUUGAAUUCAUUUCCAAUUUGAAACACGUCGAGAUAGACAUGACAGUGCAAAACUAUGUGAACCUCAAGAAUGAAAUAAGGGAGUGUACACGAGAAUGCCACAAGAUCAGGCCAACAUCAUUACACUUAUACUUGACGUUGGAGAAUGCUCUGACAUAUCCACAAAAGUUUCCUACUGAAUGGGUCACCAGCAUUUUCAACUUGCAGCUCGUGGAAGAGUUUUCUCUACAUUACUACAACAAGAGCACCUCGAUUGACUAUUUGAGUGAUUGGAUUGAACAAAUGCCACAUCUCAAAUCUUUGAACUUGGGAUUCGGCAACUUAAAUUUCACUCAGAUACCUCGACAAUUCACUAAUGGGAAAGCUAAUAUUCAAGUCAAAGUGGAUAAAAAGUAUUUCAAUUCUAUGCAACACAAAUUCAACCGGUGUAAUUGGCAAGAGAAGAAGUUUAGGGAUCAUGUCAUUGCUUAUGGACCUAGUUCGUAG